AUGCCUUCGACGCAUCCGCCGGCGGACGCGUCCCAUGCAUGGGACGCGUCCUCGCCAUGGCCCUCCACGACAUCUCAUACAGCAACGGCCCCCCCGUCGCCGCCGCCGCUGGCUGCCAUGCCGCCAUCCACCACACGUAGUGCUACGGGCGGGGCGGAUGUCAACACGGCGCUCCUCCUACAUAUGGACACUGCUACGUCACGCUCUGGAAAGCGUCGCGUCGACGAGGCUGAUACCAGCGCGAAAAGCGCACGUACAGGCGACUAUCAUGACGUCCGUCCUACGUACGCCAGUGCCUCGCAGACGCUGGACGCCAUGCAGGAACUCCAUCCGCAGCUGGCUACGGCCCCCGAUACCAGCACGGCUGCGCCGCUGGUUCUAGAUGCGACGCUGCCCUUUGUCCUGGAUGCUGCAGCCGCGUCUACGUCUGCGUCUGUCCCCAGCAGCGCGUCCGCCGCGCGACUGCCGCUCUCCGCCUCGGCGCCGCCGACACGCGCACGUCGCUCCACUGCACGCCGACAGACUCGACCACUGAAGCCUGACCAGGAGAAAGCACGCGCUGCCUUUGUCGCUGCGCAUGCAGGGCAGACGUACGAGCAAAUGGUGCUUGAACAUGCGUACUCCAGUGAUCGUCUUUUCUGGCUCAAAGAAGCGUACGGCCUUACAUGGCGCACUGGACGAUGGAGCCAGGACGAGGAAGAUCGUGCAACCGAUGCGCUGAACAAGUUUUGCAAGCACUACCGCUUAUCGCAGGCUGCGUUGGACGAACUCAUAUGGCAUCGCAAGCCGGAGCAGAAACACAUGCAUGAAGAGCUAUGGAAGCACAUUGCAUUGUCUGUAGGCACGCGCCCCAAUUACGCGGUGCGUAUGCACAUCAAGAGCCUACGCAAGGACGUCGUGCGGGGCGGGCACUGGACGCAGGACGAGAUGGAAGCGCUGGCCUCGGCGGUGGCCGAGUUGGGCCACCAAUGGGAAAAGAUCGGCGCACGACUGGGCCGAUCUGGCAACGUAUGCAAGCACUUCUGGCGCGAACAGAUGCAAAGUCGGAGCCAGGGCCCUGUCCCCCAAGGCGCCUUUCGCCCAGAAGAAGAAGAGGCACUGCGGCAGGCUGUGCUGGAAUGCUGCGAAAAGGUAGGAUGCUCCCCGGACGGCCCAAAUCUGCCAUGGACGUUGAUCCACGAACGACUGGGCCCCUCGCCCCGGCGGAUCAGCGUCUUAAGCCGCAAGUGGCGCGGUAUGCUGAGUGCAGAGCGUCGUAGCUCAGAGGAGCAGAAUGCGCGCUGGUACGCACCGCACGACGAUCACAUCCUGCUGCAGCGCAUUCGGGCUCAAGGCAAGCAGAAUGCUGCCGAUAUCGACUUUGAUCAGCUUGCGACGCCGGAAUGGCAGUGGCCCAUGUACGUCAUCAAGAAGCACUGGGUCGUGAUGCUGCGGAAACGAGCGCCGCCGCAUUUCCUGGGCACACUUGACGAACUGCUGGACGAGCUAGCGCGACGUGUACCCUCGCCGGAAGAGUACAAAAUGCUCGCGUCUGGUCGGCGACCUGCGUCCGCAAAGGCGCCGCAUUCCACCCCUGUCUCUGCCUCGCACGAUCGCGGGAUGCCACUCCCACCACCCUACUAG